GAAGGCUCUUUGGAGACGUAAACAUCUCCAAGUGGGCUGAGUGGGUAGGCCUGUGCUGGCCAUUUUGUCGGCUGGGCUGGAACUGAAAAAGGGCGGGGUGGCUUCCUUGAGGUGUGGAAAGACGAGAAAAAGCUCCGGCUCCUGUCACCGCCGCCCCUCCGCCGCUGCCGCCCCCGCAAGGCUUUGCCAUAGCCAAAGCCACCUGCAGCGACUCGUCGCACCCGAUUCUCUCCACUUCGUUCCCCGCCAACCGCAACCAUUGACGCCAUGUCGGGUUAUUCGAGUGACCGAGACCGCGGCCGGGAUCGAGGGUUUGGUGCUCCUCGAUUUGGGGGAAGUAGGGCAGGGCCCUUAUCUGGAAAGAAGUUUGGAAACCCUGGGGAGAAACUAGUCAAAAAGAAGUGGAAUCUUGAUGAGCUGCCCAAAUUUGAGAAGAAUUUUUAUCAAGAACACCCUGAUUUGGCUAGGCGCACAGCACAAGAGGUGGAGACAUACAGAAGGAGUAAGGAAAUUACGGUUAGAGGUCACAACUGCCCAAAGCCAGUUCUGAAUUUUUAUGAAGCAAACUUCCCUGCAAAUGUCAUGGAUGUGAUUGCAAGACAGAAUUUUACUGAACCCACUGCUAUUCAAGCUCAGGGAUGGCCCGUUGCUCUAAGUGGAUUGGAUAUGGUUGGAGUAGCACAGACUGGAUCCGGGAAAACAUUGUCUUAUUUGCUGCCUGCUAUCGUCCACAUCAAUCAUCAGCCAUUCCUAGAGAGAGGUGAUGGGCCUAUUUGCUUGGUGCUGGCACCAACUCGGGAACUGGCCCAACAGGUACAGCAAGUAGCUGCUGAAUACUGCAGAGCAUGUCGAUUGAAGUCCACUUGCAUCUAUGGUGGUGCUCCUAAGGGACCACAGAUUCGUGAUUUGGAGAGAGGUGUGGAAAUCUGUAUUGCAACACCUGGAAGACUGAUUGACUUUUUAGAGUGCGGGAAAACCAAUCUGAGAAGAACUACUUACCUUGUCCUUGAUGAAGCAGAUAGAAUGCUCGAUAUGGGCUUUGAACCCCAAAUAAGGAAGAUUGUGGAUCAGAUAAGACCUGAUAGGCAAACCCUAAUGUGGAGUGCAACUUGGCCAAAAGAAGUAAGACAGCUUGCUGAAGAUUUCCUGAAAGACUACAUACAUAUAAACAUUGGUGCACUAGAACUGAGUGCAAACCACAACAUUCUUCAGAUUGUGGAUGUAUGUCAUGAUGUAGAAAAGGAUGAAAAACUUAUUCGUCUAAUGGAAGAGAUAAUGAGUGAGAAGGAGAAUAAAACCAUUGUUUUUGUCGAAACCAAAAGAAGAUGUGAUGAGCUUACUAGAAAAAUGAGGAGAGACGGGUGGCCCGCCAUGGGUAUCCAUGGUGACAAGAGUCAACAGGAGCGUGACUGGGUUCUAAAUGAAUUCAAACAUGGAAAAGCUCCUAUUCUGAUUGCUACAGAUGUGGCCUCCAGAGGGCUAGAUGUGGAAGAUGUGAAAUUUGUCAUCAAUUAUGACUACCCUAACUCCUCAGAGGAUUAUAUUCAUCGAAUUGGAAGAACUGCUCGCAGUACCAAAACAGGCACAGCAUACACUUUCUUUACACCUAAUAACAUAAAGCAAGUGAGCGACCUUAUCUCUGUGCUUCGUGAAGCUAAUCAAGCAAUUAAUCCCAAGUUGCUUCAGUUGGUCGAAGACAGAGGUUCAGGUCGUUCCAGGGGUAGAGGAGGCAUGAAGGAUGACCGCCGGGACAGAUACUCUGCGGGCAAAAGGGGUGGAUUUAAUACCUUUAGAGACAGGGAAAAUUAUGACAGAGGUUACUCUAGUCUGCUUAAGAGAGAUUUUGGGGCAAAAACUCAGAAUGGUGUUUACAGUGCUGCAAAUUACACCAAUGGGAGCUUUGGAAGUAAUUUUGUGUCUGCCGGUAUACAGACCAGUUUUAGGACUGGUAAUCCAACAGGGACUUACCAGAAUGGUUAUGAUAGCACUCAGCAAUAUGGAAGUAACGUUCCAAAUAUGCACAAUGGUAUGAACCAACAGGCAUAUGCAUAUCCUGCUACUGCAGCUGCGCCUAUGAUUGGUUAUCCAAUGCCAACAGGAUAUUCUCAAUAAGACUUUAGAAGUAUAUGUAAAUGUCUGUUUUUCAUAAUUGCUCUUUAUAUUGUGUGUUAUCAGACAAGAUAGUUAUUUAAGAAACAUGGGAAAUGCAGAAAUGACUGCAGUGCAGCAGUAAUUAUGGUGCACUUUUUCGCUAUUUAAGUUGGAUAUUUCUCUACAUUCCUGAAACAAUUUUUAGGUUUUUUUUGUACUAGAAAAUGCAGGCAGUGUUUUCACAAAAGUAAAUGUACAGUGAUUUGAAAUACAAUAAAUGAAGGCAAUGCAUGGCCUUCCAAUAAAAAAUAUUUGAAGACUGAA